UUUAUGUGUUGGUAUACUCAGAACAAGUGGUUCUAAAGGGCAAUGUGUUAUAACAGAUAUGUAACAAAAAACGUAAAAUUGGAACUAGAUAAAACAAUUAAAUCUAGGAUCCAUUUUCCUGCUGCACAGUAAAAAAUGCAGUGUUAAUGUAACAGAGUAAAUAGUACUUUGUGCCCAAAUACAAUAUAGAAGAUGUUAAAUCAAAUCCCUAUUUUUUAAUAGUGUGACAAUGUGUGACAUGUGCUUGUUCCUCCAGUUCAGCUAUGAAGGUGUCUGUCUAGUGGUCACACCCUCUUGCAUUAACAUUUUUCAUGACAAAUGAAACAACAACAACAAUGCGAAAAACCCCAGAAAAAAACAGGGAGGAGCUGCUGGUAUUUAAAAAUGCAUGUCUGAUGCCUCUUGGUGACAGUUGUCAGUGUGUGUGUAUGCAGGUUGGCGUGCUGUGAACUGCUUUGCAAGUCAACGCUACAGUUUUCUCCACCCUGAAGUGCCGACACCAGAUAAGACAGAAUAAUGGCAGGUAGCACCUUUCAACGUGAGUUCCUGGACGCCCAUAACUCCUACAGGAAGCAGCAUGGAGCGCCCCCUCUGGCCAUCAGCAGAGACCUGUGCAGGUCAGCUCAGAAGUGGGCAGAUCACCUGCUGGCCACCAAGGCCAUGCAGCACAGCGAUGCAGAAGACUAUGGGGAGAACCUCUACUACAGCUGGAGCUCUGCCCCUAAAAGCGUCGACGGUAAAGAUGCAGUGGAGAACUGGUACAGUGAAAUUAAAGACUAUAAUUUCAAGAGGCCUGGAUUCCAGUCGGGUACAGGCCACUUCACCCAGGUUGUGUGGAAGGGCUCUAAAGAAGUGGGAGUGGGCCUGGCCACGGAUGGAAAAACUGUCUUUGUGGUCGGCCAGUACCAACCUGCUGGGAACAUCAGCAACCCUGGCUACUUUGAGAAGAACGUCUUGCCAGCAGGCUCACCUGUCAAAGUGGACGCAGAUGAUGAAUCAGGUGGGAGUGAUCCAAAAAGCCGGUUUACGGGGAGAAAGCCAAACGGAGUCCCAACCUCGGGCGGCAACUUUCAACGUGAGUUCCUGGACGCCCAUAACUCCUACAGGAAGCAGCAUGGAGCGCCCCCUCUGGCCAUCAGCAGAGACCUGUGCAGGUCAGCUCAGGAUUGGGCUGACCACCUGCUGGCCACCAAGAAGAUGCAGCACAGUCAGGAUGACCACGGAGAGAACCUCUUCCACGCCUGGAGCUCCAUCCCUAAAAAAAUCCAUGGUAAAGUAGCCGUGGAAAACUGGUACAAUGAGAUAAAAGACUACAGUUUCAAAAGGCCUGGAUUCCAGUCUGACACAGGUCACUUCACCCAAGUUGUCUGGAAGGGCUCUAAAGAACUCGGAGUGGGCAUUGCCACGGAUGGAAAUACCAUUAUUGUGGUCGGCCAGUACCUACCAGCGGGGAACAUCACCAACCCAGGGUACUUUGAGAAGAACGUCUUGCCAGAAGGCUCACCUGUGCAGGCAGACACACCUGAUGGAUCUGACAGGAACAACAGAUGGUCACCCUCCAAGAAGAACAGCGUGGACAGCGUGGCAUCCAAGCUCAACUCCCUCUCCACGAAAGACGGCAACUUUGAGCGUGAGUUCCUGGACGCCCAUAACUCCUACAGGAAGCAGCAUGGAGCGCCCCCUCUGGCCAUCACCAGAGACCUGUGCAGGUCAGCUCAGAAGUGGGCAGAUCACCUGCUGGCCACCAAGGCCAUGCAGCACAGCGAUGCAGAAGACUACGGGGAGAACCUCUACUACACCUGGAGCUCUACCCCUAAAAACGUCCAUGGUAAAGAGGCUGUGGAAAAUUGGUACAGUGAAAUUAAAGACUACAAUUUCAAAAGGCCUGGAUUCCAAUCUGGCACAGGCCACUUCACCCAGGUUGUCUGGAAGGGCUCUAAACAAGUGGGAGUGGGCCUGGCCACGGAUGGAAAUACUGUCUUUGUGGUCGGCCAGUAUGUACCAGCUGGGAACAUCAGCAACCCUGGCUACUUUGAGAAGAACGUCUUGCCAGCAGGCUCACCUGUCAUAGUGGAUGAUUCAGCAGAUGAUGGACCUGGGAGUUAUAAUAGAAAUACAUCACCUUCAGGAAAACUUACUCAAGGUGGCCAGAAAGAGUUCAGGGACUCUGCCGUGGACACGAUAAACCGUUACCGUAAACAGCACGGUGCGAAGCCUCUGUCUCUCUCCCUUGCCCUGUCCAAAGAGGCCCAGGACUUUGCUACCACCCUGGUGGCCUCAAGGACACUGAGGAACCAGGGCAAAGGUCAUGGGGAGAGCCUCUUUUACCAGUCUGGGUCCAUUAGUGCUACUCCUCAAGGUUCCGAUGUCGCCAAGUCUUGGUACGAUGAGAGCUCCAAAUACAAAUUCUCCUCUCCAGGCUUCCAAAAAGGGACAGGAAACUUCACCCAGAUGGUGUGGAAGUCCAGUGAGACGGUUGGUAUCGGCCUGGCUACUGAUGGCUCAGGCAUGUUCAUCGGCGUGGCCUUCUUCGAGCCUGCGGGCAACGUCAGCAACCCAGGCUACUUCAAAGACAACGUCAGCUCCAAGAUCUAUUAGCAGCAGAGCAGAGUAGAGAGAACUCUACGUAGGCUACGGUACAUAUCAAGUGCACAUUUUAAUUGGUUUUUUUAAGACUUGAAAUGUUGAAAAACAAAUAAUAUAUGGAGAAAUGUACGAAAUUAUGAAGGACAAAUACCAUAUUUUUCUACUUUUUAAAAGCUUUAUAACAUGUUUUCUUAAUUUGUGCCUAAUUUCUCCUCACUUUCUGUUGAAUCAAAUGUAUAUUUUCUUGUGCGUGAAUAUAAAUGUUGUGAUGUUUACGCUCCCAUGGUAUUUCUGAGGGCUGUUGGGACACUGGCUAUUCCAUUGCACUUAGUACCAUCUAUGGUCAGCAGGUGGCAGUAGUAGGUGGCCUUGAACAGAACCCUAGCCAGCCAACAUUCGUGCUGCACUGUCAAAUGAAAUGUGUGUCACUUAUCAUGUUUGACAUCACUUUCACAUUAAAC